AUGGCGACACACGGUAAAGCAGAAGAUGGGGACAUCACUUCAGACUUUUCAGAAGAGACCCCCAUUGGCCCCCAAUCCCAUCCCCCACCUCACUGUGCAGAUCUGUCAUCUGGUUCCUCCACACAUGGGGAGUGUUCUUCUGAUCUCUCCCAUCAAACAGCUCGUAGAGCAGGAAAAACAUUUUCCUGUUCCCCUUCCCCCGGAGAAGUUCCUACCAAACAUCGGAGAUCUCACAGCGGAAUAGAACCAUUUUCAUGUUCCGAACACCAACGAGUGGACACGGGAGAAAAACCGUAUACGUGUUCGGAAUGUGGGAAGAGUUUUUGCCUAAGGCCCUUUCUCGUUAAACAUCAGAGAACGCACUCCAAAGAGAAGCCGUUUUCAUGCCCCGACUGCGGGAAAUGCUUUCGAGAGAAAUGGGUGGCGGUAACGCACCAGAGGACUCACACUGACGUGAAGUUGUUUUCGUGUCCGGAAUGCGGCAAAUGUUUUGCCACGAAGCGGGCCCUGAUCAAACAUCAACCGGUGCACAAGGGGGAAAAGCCGUUUCCAUGCGCCGAGUGCGGAAAAUGCUUUAGAGAGAAAUGGGCGGCGGUAAGGCACCAGAGGACUCACACUGACGUGAAGUCGUUUUCGUGUCCCGAAUGCGGAAAAUGUUUUGCCACGAAGCGGGCCGUGAUCAAACAUCAACCCGUGCACACGGGGGAAAAGCCGUUUUCAUGCCCCGAGUGCGGGAAAAGUUUUCUGCACAAAAUGAGCCUUACUGUUCACCAGAGGUGUCACACGGGGGAAAAGCCAUUCGCCUGCACUGAAUGUGGGAGAUGUUUUUCCACCACUCAAAAUCGCGCCGCACACCAGAGAACUCACACCGGAGUGAAGCCAUAUGCUUGCUCGGAAUGUGGGAGCUCUUUUUCCUGGAAGAGAUCCUUGCUCAGACAUCGAUGUGUACAAGCGGGAGAGAAGCCGUCUUCCUGUUAG